AUGGGCAACCUCUGCUCCUCCCGCAGCGAAGCCGACCCCUUCACUCAACCAGGUCGUGUCCUGGGUUCUUCCUCAACACAAGCACAACCGGCACAGCAACCAAGUCGUGUCCCCCUCCCUUCGAAAGCGAACUUCUCCACCCCGGGCCGAACACUAGGCGCCCCCGCGACUGAAGAUACCGCCGAUGCAAGGGCCCAAGCCGCCCUAGCCGCUCAGAAACGAGCAGAAGCCACAUCCGGAAAGGGAAAACUGGGGAGCAAACUUGCGGCGCAAAAGGCCCAGACACAGGCCCAGACGUUGUCCGAGGCCAGUCGGGACGAGAGGGCGAAUCGACGCUUGGAUGAUACGGUGACCACGAGUAGAUGGGAAUGA